UUGUAUGAGUAUAAAUACAUGAGCACACACCAAACUAGUCUCAAAUUAAGUAAGGUGCUAAUUAUUAGCGGCUAGCUAAGUAACCAAGUAAUUAAUGGAGAAAAUGAGGGUGAUAGUAAUUACUGUAUUCCUAUUUAUAGGUGCAGCAAUUGCAGAAGAUGUUGGUAUUGGUCUCCUUAGCGAAGCUGAGGCGUAUGUGUCUCCUAAGUUAAAAAAGUUCAUCACACCUUGCACUUCGCAUGUUGGUGAAACAUGCAGUACUACUAGUAGUAGUGGAAGUGAAGCAUUAAUGCAGAACCAGGGUGGGUUGGCUCUUUGCCUUUUCGAUUCUAUGGAGAGAUGCUUGGUAGACCAUGGUGCCCAACUUUAUCAAACAAGUGUUACUAACCUUCAAGUUGAACCUUCUGAAGUAUUUCCAAGGAAGAAUAAUCCACAAGGUGGACGUAAGUCCAAAUUAGAUGACCAUCAAGUUCAACCCUUAUCAUUUCGAUUACCACCAUUUCUAUUACCACCAAUGCUAAAACUAGGACCAACAAGUCCGAUUAUAAGAACGAUUCCAUCACCACCCAUAGCUCCUCGAGAUUUGUCACUCAUUGAGACUAUACAAUUACGAACUGCCUUGAGAACCUGUACUCAUGUCACUGCACGAACUUGUCUCACUGCUCCAAAUGUUGCCACAUCUGAUUUAGAGGCUUGUCUCACUCCAUCCAUGAAUCAAUGCAUCUAUCCUCGUGGAGCUGAAUAUGGUAGCCCGCCUAUUAGGGCGUAAAUUAUUUCAGGCAUAAAGGAAAAUAUGUUGGAAGUAUUGCUAGUAGAAGAAUAGCCAGACAUGCGUCAACUAGAUUUAAGCUAGCUAGCUUGUUUUAUGAUGAAGGAUUUGUUAUACCUUCAAAAUUCCAAGUAGCUACUACAUUGACAUGCAUAAAUAAACAUUGAAUGUCACGAACGAUAUGGUGUUCCUACUAAAUAAUAAUAAAACAUGCUUUAUUUCUAUUUUUUC